AUGAGAAAAACUAAUUAAAAAACAAAUGAUAACAAUUUGAAUUAUUUGAAUGGAGGAGGAUUCGCAGCUAGACCAAAAUCAUUACUUUGUACAGAAUACAGUAAUUUAUAGGCACAAUAUGUGGCAGAGAGUUUGGAACUGCUUCUCUAGAAAUUCAUUAAAAAACUUGCAUCAAAAAGUAUUAAAAUGAUCUCGUGAAUAUGGAUCCUGGCCAUAGAUAAUAGAUGCCUACAAGUAAUAAUACAUAUUUGAUAUCUUUUAGCAUAGUAGGUUUUAUAAAAGUUGGACUAGGAAAAAUAAGUUAGGUAAUAAGGAGUAACAAAGGUUGGUUAAAAGUCUUAGUAGGUCUUAUAUGAAUAACCCUAAUAAGUCAUGGCUCUUGUUGGAGUAAAUGCGUUGAAUAAAUUUAUAGUGCAGAAAAUGUGGAAGAAGAUUUAACCCUGAUAGAAUCAGAAAACAUGAAUCAGUUUGCAUAGGACCGGAACCAGAUAUCUAAAAAAUAAAAGAACAAUAAUAGGAAUAAAACAAAAGGGCUGCGAAAUAUUUAAAGCCAAAAAAAACAGGAGCAUCUUGAAUUUUAAUAAGCUUUAAGGGAAAUGAGAAAAGUUAGAUAGUAAGAAAUAGCAGAAGGGAGAGGCAAUCCUUUUGGUCAUCAAUAAUAUGGUUCAUCUUAUGGAAUGUCAAAUAAGUAACAACCUGCAAAAAGUGGGAAAUAUAAUUAAUAUCAACAAAGCAAUAAUAGACCUUAAUCUAAGUAGCAAUAUUAGAAACAAUCAUAAUAAUAAUAAUAGUUCAAUCUAUAAGGCUAUUCAUAAAGUGUUAAAACAACCCACAAGUAACCUAAUUUUGAAUAAUAAUAAACAAAGAUGAUUUAAAAAUCUCCAAUUUCUUAAAUGCCUUAAAAACAAUACUAGUAGCCUACUAAGAGUUCUUAUAAUGAUGUUGGAUAUGGAAGACCUGCUUAUAACACUGGUGGAGCAUGUAAAAUAUGCAUUUGAAUAUUAGCUUACUAAAUUGCUCACUCGAAUGUUAGCACUUUUAGUUUAUUUACUUAAGAUGGAAAGCCAAAAAACUAUGAUAAUUAUCAAAAGAACAAUCCGUAUGCAAAGAAGAAUGGGUUAUAUUGA